CUGUGUUUGUGUUGGAACAAGCUCUGUGGAGGUGUAAUCACACAUGGGAGGAUCUACACCUCUCUGCAGGACCUGGGAAAAAGGAAACUUGACUCUGCUGCCUAACACAACUAGUGCAUUUACCUCCAAAAGCUUUCAGUCCUGCAGCCAAGAUGCCAGAAACAGCAGAAGCUGUGUCAGCCACUCUUACCACCAACAGAAACUGCACCAUAGAAAUAACCAAUGUCAGCGGUAGCUUCUGCCUCAUCAACCCCAAGGUAUACAUGUCAAGUGGCUUCUGUCACCACCCGCCCCAGCCUACGGUUCGCACCACCAAGACCGAAGUGUGCUCCUUUACCAAGGAUGACAACACUGCCACAGGCUCUGUUGGCCUGCUGACCUACGACCUGUUCCAUAUGCAGAGCCGAGUUUGCUCCGAGCGCUUGGUCAUCAUGUUCUCUGUGCCCUAUGACCACAACCUGUACAAGAACAAGCUGGCUGUGGGUGUGGUUGAGCAUUCCCGUGCCUGCGACAAACAUCUGUACAACCAGCUGUAUGAUGGGAAAGAUCUCAGUAGCUUCACCCGCUCUGAGACACACGGCUGUGGGCUGCAAUAUAAAGCUACAUAUGUCGAUUUGAGAGCCACAAUGUCUUCUAUUGGCAAAGCCAUUGUUAAAGUGGAGCUGUAUGAUAAAAUGGGUCGCUAAUGGUGUUCUGCGUUUUUGUUUUGUUUUUACUUUUGUACCCAACAAAAUAAAUAAACUUCAUUUGAUUUGACUACUGCUGCAUUUUGCCAUCCAGAGGAGAGGAAGACUGAUUUUGCUGUCAUCUGUAUUUUGUGUCCACUGAAAGAUAUCAAUAUCUGACAGCCAGCUCAUGGAUUUCCCAUUAGCUAUUUCUUGGGCUAAUGUAUAUUGUACACUCCCUUUGUCUUUGAUAAUGGUAAUAAAACAUUCAAACCCAA